UCAUUAGUCAACAAAGUUUUAAAAACUUUAUGGGAACAUACUUCUACUUCAUUAUUAGGAAAAAUAACUCAAGAUGAAUGACGACGUAUGUAUUAAAAGAAAAUUAAUAUUCGACGGGGAAUUAGGAGACGAAAGUCGUGUAAAUAGAAUUCAAAGAAUGGUUUGUAAAUGGUUGAUAACAAACUAUAAUUCUAGUGAAGAGAAUCAGUUAAUGUAUAACGAAAUAUGUUACCAGCUUUCGCUUCUUGAAUAUUCGAAACGCAAAUCUCUACUCGUGCAAAAGAAUUAUCAAGAAGAAUUUUCAAGGUAUCAAAAAUAUAUAAACGAAAUGGAAAAAAACAUCAAAGAUAUAACGAAAACGAUAGAAUCAAGUAAAACUCUUCUUUCGGAUGUUGAAAACAUUAAGAAUCGUAAAAUAAAUUAUGAAAUGAUAGCAAGAGAUAUUGUUAUGGAACCUUCAAGAGAAGAAACUAGUAAUUAUAUCGAACAAUUAGAACAAAAUUUGGUUACGAACAGAUUGAUUGAAAAACAAUUGGAGGAAGAAUGGAGUAAUUGUAAAAAGCACACUACCAUUAUCACCUCUACUUCAGUACAACUUCAAUCAAUUAUGGAGAAUUCCGUAGCAUUUAAUUGA